UCAAACAUUUCAAACACUCUCCCUUUCUCUUCUCUCUCCCCUAAGCCUCUCUCUCCUCUCUCAUUAGCUAAUCAAGGAUUGGAGAACUACCCAAUUCUUGGAACCCAAAUUGUCUUUUUAUUUUCUAGACCUAACCCAUAUUUUUAUUUUUAAUUUUUGGCUAGGGUUAGAACCCAUAUUGUUACCAUUUCUCGCUGGUGAUUUGUUUGGUAUUAAUUCAAACAAAAAAAAUGGUAGGAAAGAACAACUCAAACCUCCCUCCUGGUUUUAGGUUUCACCCAACUGAUGAGGAACUAAUCAUGUUCUAUCUCAAAAACCAGGCCACAUCAAAGCCAUGCCCUAUUUCAAUCAUCCCUGAAGUUGAUAUCUACAAAUUCGAUCCUUGGGAAUUGCCCGAGAAGGCAGAAUUUGGAGAAAAUGAAUGGUAUUUUUUUACUCCGCGUGACCGGAAGUACCCGAACGGGGUGCGGCCCAACCGAGCCGCUGUGUCGGGUUAUUGGAAGGCCACAGGGACAGACAAGGCAAUUUACAGUGGAUCUAAAUAUGUUGGUGUGAAAAAAGCCCUUGUGUUCUACAAGGGUAAGCCACCGAAGGGUGUCAAGACAGAUUGGAUUAUGCAUGAAUAUAGAUUAAAUGAUUCAAGAAGACCAACCAAUAACAAGCAAAAUGGGUCCAUGAGGUUGGAUGACUGGGUGCUUUGUCGGAUCUACAAGAAGAAAAACAUGGGAAGAGCAAUGGAGCAAAAAAUUGAAGAUUUCAGUACCCAAACAGGGACUACAAAUGAUGCUAGUAGCUCACAAAUGCUGAAAUUCCCAAGGAAUUGUUCACUUUCUCAUCUAUGGGAAUUGGAUUGCUUGGGCUCAAUUCCUCAACUAUUGAGUGAAAAUUCAUACAAUUCCAACUUUGAAAAUCAGCAAAACACUUUGGGAAAUUCCGGAAACGGUCACCGUGAGAUGGAGAAAAUUCAGUUGGGGGAAAUGCUGCCAUACCAACACAUGGAUUCAAUGAAGUUUCAAGCUAGCCAUAGUAAUGCAGUGCUAAACCAGCCGUUUUUUAUGAAUCCAAUGUUUCAAUUUCAGUGAUGUUUUGCGUAGCUUUAGGCAUUGGGGAAAAAAAUGUUUAGAUUGUGUUUGUUUAGGCUUUUGAUUGGGUGCACCAACUGUUCAAAAAUUGUAAAAUUUUUAUUUAAUGAAAACAAAUAUUUUACAUGCCUCUUGAAGUGGGCAUGAUAUAAA